UGACGACAAGGCGGGGAGGGGGGGGCGGGGCAGGCAGUUCGCUUCCGAGGUCAGAGGUGAGGCGGAGCCGGCGCGGCCACGAUGCUGAUCAAAGUGAAGACGCUGACCGGGAAGGAGAUCGAGAUCGACAUCGAGCCCACGGACAAGGUGGAGCGCAUCAAGGAGCGGGUGGAGGAGAAGGAGGGCAUCCCCCCCCAGCAGCAGCGCCUCAUCUACAGCGGCAAGCAGAUGAACGACGAGAAGACGGCGGCCGACUACAAGAUCCAGGGCGGCUCCGUCCUCCACCUCGUCCUCGCCCUCCGGGGGGGCGGGGCCUCCCGGUGAGGGGCGGGGCUCGGGGCCGGCCCCGCCCCCUUUGCCCGCCCCGCCCCCAACGGAGUCCGCCAUGUCGUGUCCCCCCCCCCCCAGCACGUUAAUAAAGCUCCUCGGUGACCGCUCUUGAA